GGUUUUAAUUUUUCAUGGAUAAUUAUGUGGCACGAGGCUCGCAAGCAGGAACGACGCAUUCGCGGCCUCAUCGUCGACUAUCGAAAGCGUGCUGAGCGUCGCCAAUACUUCUAUGAUAAGAUCCAAGCCGAUCCAACACAAUUCCUGCAACUGCAUGGCCGGCGAAGCAAAAUCUAUCUUGAUCCAGCUGUGGCGGCCGCCGGGGAUGGCGAUGCAAUCAUUGUUCCUUGGCAGGGACAGCAGGAUAAUCUCAUCGAUCGCUUUGAUGUGCGCGCCCAUCUAGACUAUAUUGCACCUGUUGUCAAAGGGGGUGGCAAUGCAGACGCAGACGCUGAUGCAUGUUUAACAGCCGAGGAGCGUCAAUUGAACUAUGAACGCUAUCGGAUCCUGGCCCAGAACGAUUUCCUUAAUGUUAGCGAGGACAAGUUCCUGCAUCAAUUAUAUCUAGAGGAGCAGUUUGGCGCCAACGCCCAACUCGAGACUGAGCGCAAUUUGAACAAGAAGAAACAAAAGAGUAGUAGCAGCGGUGGUGGCGCCACUAUAGGUUACUCCUACGACGAUGUAAGUGAUGCGGUAGCCACAGUUGCCAUUGGUCCGCAGCCCUUUGGCACAGCAGCUGGAGCUGCUGCAGUGGCAGCCACAAGUGGCGCUGUCACCACUAUAGCUAGCGUUGCGGCUGGAGAAAAACUAGGAGAGAAUUCAGAUGAAUCGGACUCAGACAUAGACAUGGAUGUGUCUAUAGAUAUUAGCAAACUUGACACGACGCAAGCGCACGAGCUGAACGCCUGUGGUCGCAACUAUGGCAUGAAAAGCAACGAUUUCUUCUCGCAUCUCACCAAGGAUGCCGAUGAAGCGGACGCGCUGCGCAUCGCUCGCGAGGAGGAACAGGAGAAGAUGCUGUUGAGUGGUCGGAAAUCGCGGAGGGAGCGACGAGCGCAAAAGGAACGUCGCAUUGCCAAUCGACCUUUUAGUCCACCGAGUUAUGCGGCCAAAGAGGAUCAAGGCAAGAAUAAGGCCAAGGAUGAAGACUCGGAGUCGCGUUCACCAUCGCCAGCUGAAGGUGGUGGUGAAAAGAUCACGUAUAUAACCUCAUUCGGGGGAGAGGACGAGAUGCAGCCGCAUUCGAAGAUCACUAUCAAUAUAACCAAGCCCGGCCAGACGUUGGGCGAAUCAUGCAUUAAUGCCAGCAAUGUUGGAGCAGCUGCUUCUGUGUCCUAUGCACAGAAGGUCAAAGACAACUUGGACAAACUGAAGUUAAUGAACGACACUGCAAAAUGCAGUGGACGCAAUCGACGCUCUUCGCAAAGUAAAUCGCGCAGUCCCACUCGACAUCGACGUCCAAAUCAACGUCGUAGCUACCAUCGUCGCAGCCGCAGUCGCACUCGCAGCCGGCGAAGAUCUCGAUACUACGCCAAAUUACGCUCCCAUUCCCGUUCACGUUCUCGUUCACACUCUCGAUCGCGCACACGCUCGAGUUCCCGUCAACGAUACGCCUCACGUAGUCCCAGUUAUAAAAGAUCGCGAAAGCGCUAUUCUUAUUCCUCGCGUAGCUCGAGCGGUAGCUCUUAUGCAGCAAAUCGAAGGCGACGAACCCGUUCUCGCUCCCAUUCCCGGUCUCGCACACGUUCGCGCUCGCGUUCUUGUUCCAGCCGACGGUAUCGCGCACAAUUGAAUGCUAAGCAAACUGCAACGUCGCCUGCCGCCCAAAAAACAAUAUGCCUUAGUACCAUAACCACGACGACGUUGACAUCAACGGCUACAGCUACAGUUUCGGCUGCUGCUGCGCCUUCGCUGCCUAUUAGGCAGCAACAACUGCAGUUGCAUCAAAAAGCAAUUAACCAAUCACUAUCAUCAUUAGCAUCAGCAUCAACAGUGCCUAUGAUCAGCUACCCGCUGCCAACUAGAGUCCUCAAUAUGACAACGACAUCAAAUAGUCAGAAAGCUGCAUUUGCAGAUGUGCAGCAUCCAGCAGUUACGGAGCCACCUCCUCCUCCACUUAAACGAUACUAUGGACGCAAGCGCGGUAACGACACAUCAUCUUCGUCGGCCGAAAGCAGCGAGGCAAGCGGUGCCGAGGAUGCUGAGGCAUCGACUGUCAAGCAACAACAACACUCAAGCAAAUCUCUAUUGCGCAACCGAGAUCGAGAUCAUGAUGACUCCGACGAGUUGGACUUGGAUACUGCUUCGGAGCGUUCGCAGCCGUUGUCAUCCAGCACGGGUAAUCAAACAGGCAAAUAUAGUUCUGCUACCGAAACCAAAGGAUCUGGCUCAUUAGCUGUUACUGGAAGACCCAAUCUACGAGAGCGUCUCAAGCGCAAGAUGCAAAAUCUGCUCAACAGGCAAUAUAAGGCUGAUAAAAGGGCAGAGAUUGAGAAAACAGAACGGGAGCGACAGCUGCAGCAGGAGCGUGAGGAUGAGAUGCGAGAAUUAGCCCUAAAGUUGAGGCGCAGGCGCCGUGAACUGCGACAUAAGUAUGGAACUCCCUCCAGUGGCAAGCUUUCAGAUAGUGAGGUAGAGUCUGGAGGCUCGGAGGUACCAAGUCGCUUAGCCACAUCAUCCUUGCAUCGUAGUAGAUUGCGUAGUCACAGUCACAGUCGCAGUGUAAGUCCCAGUCUCAAUCAGAGUCAUAGUCGGAAUCGGAACCAGCGAUCACGUUCCCGCAGCAGCAUAAACCGAACGCAACGAAAACGGAGAUCUCGCAGCCGAAGCCGUAAUCGAAGACAAUGCUCGCGUUCGCGCAGUAGACGUAGCGCUAGUCGGAUCGAACGAAAAAGACGAUCACAUAGUCGGCGACGAAGCGGAAGCCGAGAUCGCAGACCCUCCCGAAGCCGGCGCAGUCAAUCUCAAUCAAGGCGACGUCGAAUACGUGAACGAAGCAUGGAGAAGAUGCGCGAACGGGAACGAUAUAGACAACAGCAGUACGAUCGCUCCUACGCCAGUCGAGAGAAAGAACCUCAUGGAAGUAGCUUUAGUGGUGGAGGGAAUCGAGGGCGUGUAGUUAUAUCUGCACCUCCUAAGCUAAAGAAGCUGGUUGAUUAUUAGUGUGAUCAGCGAAUUCCUAUUAAGGAAUGUAAAGAUGCAAGACGCUGUACUCUCCCCAACUGCUGUUUAAUUGUUCUAGACAUACUAUUUUUCUAUUAAAAACAUGUUCUCUUACAGCUUUUUCGCACAAAAGCCUAUUGCAUUAAAGAUUUAAAAUACAGUACAGUGUAUUACUCUGUUGGAUUAAAUUAUACCAUAAACGUUUUAUUACAAAAUAAAUCAGAAGCUCAUGAUGGGUCUUGAAAAUAA